AUGUUAGCAGUGCUAAUUCUGCUACCUGCCACAUUGGCAGAAUCAUUCUGGAUAACCGCCGAGCUGUUGCGGGUAGAUUGGAAGGAAGGAUGUCUUACCACCGCCGGCUGCUCACAGCCCAGAUUCAAGGUACUUGAAGACAUGCUAUCAAUUUCGGAAAGGAUCUCCAUUAGCUGGCCGGUUUCGGAGCAUUUUGUGCAGGAGGCCUCACGACCAUUUGUGUCGUACUGGGAGAACGGUAAUCCUCAGGAUGUGACCCUCUCGUGCCAGGUUGUUGGCAGUGACCCCACUUACGGUUUUCCGAGAGUUUGUGAUCAAACUCCAUCCAUCCGCGUUUUUCAAGAUGAGGUCGUCAAAGCUUUGGGCCGAAACAGACGUCAUCAGGACUUGACUACCAUUGCAAUACCGGAAGAGGAGCUGGGCAAGAGGCUGAUCGAGGUUCGAGCGAAAUGUUUCAACGCCACUAUAGCAGUGGAAAAGCAUACAGAAAGGUGCCCAUGGUGCCCCGAUCUAUCGCAUGCGCUCUUUGAGCAAGAGCUCCCAGAAGAUGCUCCUGCUCCCGCGUUGUCGACAUCGAUUCUCGCACAAUUACAAGAAGACGAGAUAUUACGCGUCUCCGUUUUAGUACUGGCCGUGAUUGCAGUUGCGGCAUCGCUAGGCUUCGCUUGUGCUCUAGUUGCUUUCCUUCAACAAAAAAGCACUUAUCGCCAUAUCUCCGUAAAACCACGCUACCGGCCAUUUUCUCCGUCUACCUGCAAGGCGGCUGAAGACGAGAAUAGGUACGAUAUGCCUUGGGGAUAUACGCGUCCGUUUACCCACUGGCCGUGCUCAUCUUCGAAAUCCGAGGCGACGACAACAUCGCCGCUUGACUCGACGUCUUCGAUAGCAGCGCCGUAUAGCUUUCGAUCCGGAUUUACAAUACCUCAAACGCACCUCUACCAACACAUCUCUCCAAACUCCUCUAUAGGACCGGUACAUGACUCUUGA